CAAAUUAGCUCAAACCGUUUAGAUUUUCUUUAUUUUAUGUCCUGUCAGCAGCACAACGGAUAGAUUGGAGCGUUUUGAACGGUUUCAGUUAAAGUUAACAGCAACAACUUUACAAAAUGCGUGAGUGCAUCUCCAUCCACGUUGGCCAGGCUGGCGUUCAGAUCGGGAAUGCCUGUUGGGAGCUCUACUGCAUUGAACAUGAGAUCCAGCCAGACGGCCAUAUUCAAAGUGAAAUGCGCACCGGUGGAGGAGACGACUCUUUCAGCACCUUCUUCAGUGAGACUGGAGCAGGAAAAUAUGUCCCUAGAACGAUUUUUGUGGACUUGGAGCCCACUGUUGUUGAUGAAGUGAGAACUGGGCGCUUCAAACAACUGUUCCAACCUGGGCAGCUGAUCUCUGGGAAGGAGGAUGCUGCUAACAACUACGCCCGUGGACACUACACCAUCGGGAAAGAGCUCAUUGAUCCUGUUAUGGACAGAAUCCGUAAACUGUGUGACCAGUGCACCGGGCUUCAGGGCUUCCUGAUCUUCCAUAGCUUUGGCGGAGGAACCGGCUCUGGUUUCACCUCCCUCUUGAUGGAGCGCCUGUCUGUAGAUUAUGGCAAAAAGUCCAAGCUGGAGUUCGCCAUUUACCCGGCUCCUCAGGUUUCCACGGCUGUAGUGGAGCCCUACAAUGCCAUCCUCACUACCCACACCACCUUGGAGCACUCAGACUGUGCUUUCAUGGUGGACAAUGAGGCCAUCUACGACAUCUGCCACAGGAACUUGGGCGUUGAGCGUCCAACCUACACUAAUCUCAACAGGCUGAUGGCUCAGUUGGUGUCCUCCAUCACGGCAUCUCUUCGCUUCGAUGGAGCUCUGAAUGUUGACCUGACAGAGUUCCAGACCAACCUGGUGCCCUAUCCUCGGAUCCACUUCCCACUGGCCGCCUAUGCCCCUGUCAUCUCAGCUGAAAAGGCGUCCCAUGAGCAGCUCACUGUAUCUGAGAUCACAUCCUCCUGCUUUGAGGCAUCCAACCAGAUGGUGAAGUGCGAUCCCCGCCACGGCAAGUACAUGGCCUGCUGCAUGCUGUACAGAGGGGAUGUGGUGCCGAAAGAUGUCAACGCCGCCAUCGCAACCAUGAAAAGCAGGCGCACCAUCCAGUUUGUGGACUGGUGUCCCACUGGUUUCAAAGUUGGCAUCAACUACCAGCCUCCCACCGUGGUUCCUGGGGGAGACCUGGCCAAGGUUCAGAGGGCCGUGUGCAUGCUGAGCAACACCACAGCCAUCGCUGAAGCCUGGGCGCGUCUCGACCACAAGUUUGACCUGAUGUACGCCAAGAGGGCCUUUGUCCAUUGGUAUGUGGGCGAGGGCAUGGAGGAGGGGGAGUUCUCUGAGGCCAGAGAGGACAUGGCUGCUCUGGAGAAAGAUUAUGAGGAGGUGGGGCACGACGGUAUAGAUGAAGAUGAGGAGGGCGAAGAGUUCUAAAUCGUAGAGCAAAAUUCAGAAGUUGUUUGCUUCAUGUUUAUUUCUGUUUUUUAAAGCGUUUCUAUUAAAGGUUAUUGCAGUUUAAGUUGUUUUUUUUUUUUUUACUAAAAAGUAUUUUGGAUUGAGGUGUUCUGAUUUACCUGUGCCGUAAAUUAUUACAUUCAUUCUGGUUCUUUAUAUAUGGAUCUUUGCUGGAGUUGGAUAGCUGGGUUUUCAGAAAAUGAUCCAAUUCUUUUGUAGUUUUUUAAAUACUUCGAUUGAAGAAAAUAAAAACUUGCAGAGAUGUCUGCUUUGUGUUGA